GUCUCCCCACGUAACUGUAUCCGUGUCUUUAAAACCGGAUCUCAGUGAGGGAGGGAGGCCAGUCCUCAGCAGCACAGAUCACACAGCGCACAUCAUCCGACCUCUCUGCUGGCGACGGUUGCGACCAAGUUUCGAUGGAAAGGAUUAUUUUAUCAUUUUGUCCAACAGCCGAAGAGAGUUAAACUCAAGCCCCUCUCCUGGGCUAAAUAAUCGGGCUUUCUAUAUUGGUUUACUGUCUUCAAGCAACCGUCACAGAUCGUCGGAAGCAUAAGAGAAAAUUCUUUCGCCAGGAUGAACAACAGAGAUCGCUGGAGGGUGUACAAGAGGGUGAGUGUCAUGUUCUUCCUGGCUGGUGUGGCGCUGACUGUCUUCCAGAGAGGGAGCAUCAAUAUGGGGGCUCCCUUCGAACUCGACAGGCAGGCUCGCAUGGAUGCCUCUGAGCGAGUGGAGCCCGGCGCCGCUCUGGGAGACAAAACGGACUUGUACCUGGGGAUAAAAAGCUUCUGGCAGGCUAGCAAACGCCAGCCGGUGCCUAAAGCUCGGGCCACCACGCAGGAGCCCAGGAUCGCUGAGGACAGCAGCCCCAGAACCUGGGAUGUAACCAGCUCCAACUGUAGCGCCAACCUCAACCUCUCAAGUCAGGACUGGUACAGGGGCCUGGAGGACAAUUUCAAGCAGUUCAUGCUUUAUCGACACUGCCGUUACUUUCCCAUGCUCCUCAACCACCCCGAGAAGUGCACUGGGGACGUGUAUUUGCUCAUGGUAAUAAAAUCUGUAGCCACCCAGCAUGACCGAAGAGAGGUCAUCCGAAAAACCUGGGGCAAAGAGCAGGUGGUUGACGGCAAGAGGAUAAAGACCCUCUUCCUUAUUGGUAAACCUUCUAAUGUGGCAGAGAGGGCGAACCACCAGAAGCUAGUGGAGUACGAGGACUACAUCUACAGGGAUAUCCUCCAGUGGGACUUCCUGGAUAGCUUCUUCAACCUCACGCUUAAAGAGACCCACUUCCUCAAGUGGUUCCACACUUACUGCCCCAGUGUAAGCUACGUCUUCAAGGGGGACGAUGACGUCUUUGUCAGCGUGGAGAACAUAUUUGAGUUUCUAGAGAGCAGCAGCAAUGCAAAGAACCUGUUUGUGGGGGACGUGAUUUUCAAGGCUAGGCCCAUUCGUAAAAAGGAAAACAAAUACUACAUCCCCAUGGCUCUGUAUGAUAAGACCCACUACCCUCCAUAUGCAGGCGGAGGGGGUUUUCUGAUGGACGGGAACCUAGCGAGGCGGCUUCAUUGGGUGGCAGACACCCUGGAGCUCUACCCCAUCGAUGAUGUCUUCUUGGGCAUGUGUCUGGAGGUGCUUCGGGUCACACCUAUAAAACACAACGCCUUUAAGACGUUCGGCUUGGUGAAAAAUAAGAGCAGUAAGUUGAACAGAGAACCUUGUUUUUUUAAGAGCAUGAUUGUGGUGCACAAGCUGCUCCCGUCGGACCUCAUGCACAUGUGGAAUCUGGUCAACAGUGACCUGGUCUGCUCGCAGAAAGUGACAAUCCUAUAGCUUGAUGGGAACACCAGGUUAGGACAGCAUCCACAAGCUGUCCCUUGGUGGAUUCUACCAUGAUGCAUGAGAGUCCCGGUAAACUCGCCUUCUGUGUCGAGAGGGACCAUGGACAAUAUUUGAAUUUGCUGUUUCUGUGCAGUAGUGCAAUUUUUGGAGGGGUUUCCUCAAAAGUCAAGUCAAUUAUACAGAGUUUUAAAAGGUUUUAGAUUUGUGUAUUUAUAUUGGCAUUUUUGAAGGACUCACACUGUCAGCACACACAUUUCAGAGACAACAACCAAAGUUGAGCUGCUGCAUCGCCGGGCACGCUGAGGAGGAGAGUUACUCGCUCUACCGAUGGGUCUUCACCUUACAACAGCCAGACACACACCCACCUCCUCCCCUCCUCAGUGGCCAAGGCCUGAUUUUUCUCCUUCCUUUUGGUUCAAUACAGUGGAGGGUUUUCAUUGGCCAGGAACCUUUUGGUAGGGAUCUGUCACUAAACCACCAAUGAUAGCGAUCCCAUUUAUGUGAAUACACUUUAAAAAUGUAAAGUAACAUUUAUUGUGAAGACAAAUGGUAAAGGAAAACCAUGAAUAUGUAUUUGUAGCACAUGGUGCUUUCGCAUAGGUCAGAGGGAAAUUAUGUUUGGUUUAGUUUGAUCUUGAAAAAUACAGUUGUACAAAGGAAUGUUGGCAUAAGUUGGUGCCCUGGAGGAUUGGGUUCGAAAACGCCAUUGCACAUGCUGUGCAGCCUGUAGUUAUGCUAGAAUUUUGGGUUUGUACUAAGUUUUACACAUUGCCCUCGCUUCAAAUCAAGUAAGAGAACAAAACAACUCUCUCUACCUCAGUGAUUCGGUCAAAAAACUCAUUGGUCAACUUUUCUACUGUAUGUGUAACCAUGAUACCAUUGUCUUCAUAUGCAGUACCUAAAGUAAGAGGUUAAUGAAUUUUAGUACCUUAGAGGUCCUUGCACUCAUUUUUUUGGAAUGUGACUGCCUGUCUGGACGUCUACUUCUCGUUAUACUACUGGAAACUGGUUUGCUGUCUGUGGAUUUGAAUGUGCUGAUAUACUUGACAUGGAUUUGGUAGAGGGUUUACAUUGAUACUGUGAACUAAAACUAUUGCUGGUACGAGUAUAUGACAUGUUAAUUUAAUCCCCAAUGAAAUGGGGGCAAAUGUAUGGGGUUCUUGUAUUUAAUUUAAAGUGUCAUUAAUUAUUAAUGGGAUGUUCAAUGAUUAUAAAGCUGAAUGUUGUGGGUCUAGCGGGUGAUGACUAUGUCUAGGUGAUGUAAAUAUAUGUAAAAAUCAAAAUGUACAUAUAAUGUCAUUUGUAAAUAAAUAUCUUGACAGUAA